AUGACGGGUAGAGUGCUAGAGCGGACGGAAGGCACGACGGAGAGACGGAAGGCACGACGGAGAGACGGAAGGCACGACGGAGAGACGGAAGGCACGACGGAGAGACGGAAGGCACGACGGAGAGACGGAAGGCACGACGGAGAGACGGAAGGCACGACGGAGAGACGGAAGGCACGACGGAGAGACGGAAGGCACGACGGAGAGACGGAAGGCACGAUGGAGAGACGGAAGGAUAAUUCCCGAGGUAAUAAUAGUUGGAGCAAGAGUAAUAAUGGAGUAAUGACGGCCGCCUGUCGCUUCCCGCCGCCCGGAUCUGACGAACGAGGCGCGCACGGCAGGAUUAACCCCCUCUCCAAGACUCCCACGGCAGGAUUAACCCCCUCUCCAAGACUCCCACGGCAGGAUUACCCCCUCUCCAAGACUCCCACGGCAGGAUUAACCCCCUCUCCAAGACUCCCACGGCAGGAUUACCCCCUCUCCAAGACUCCCACGGCAGGAUUAACCCCCUCUCCAAGACUCCCACGGCAGGAUUACCCCCCUCUCCAAGACUCCCACGGCAGGAUUAACCCCCUCUCCAAGACUCCCACGGCAGGAUUACCCCCUCUCCAAGACUCCCACGGCAGGAUUAACCCGGCUGGGGAGUAG